GGCUAUUGUAAAUGGACGGCGUUUGCUUGCAGAAUUUAUAAAGAUUGUUCUUAUACAACAAAAUGAAUCAAACUUUAAAUGUGGACCAGCUGAAUUCAGCCCUUAAUUCGCUACGAACAUUACGGUCAAGCGUCAGCCAUGUUUUCGAGACGCUUUCAAAUGGCUUACGAGCCGACCACGGAGAAGAUGGCAAAGACAAAUUCCUUUUGGAGCUGCAAGAACUUCUAAAUAAUGUAAAUAUUAACUUGAGGGAUUUAGAUCAGACUGUAAACGGUCUUCCGGUGCCUACAACACUCACAUUAAACUUGGGGAACACGACAUACCUCAGCCAAGAAACUACGCAAGAACGCCAAGCAUACUACACGCAGUUAGUCAACAGCUACAAGUGGACUGACAAAGUGCACGAGUACAGUUCCUUCGCCCACACAUUGCUUAGCCAGAACUCUCUUAAGCGCUCGUACAUAAACUCCGGUAACACUAAGAGACGGGGCAAGCUACAAAGCAACCACAACGUAGCACCUGUACAGGUCGAUCAAGUCAUCAACAACAUCGAUCGAUCCUACAAUGACAUGAAAAUAACUAUAUCCCGCCCAUUUGCGAGCAACGCUGUUGUCCAGAUCAAUUUGAGUCAUGUUUUAAAAGCUGUUGUUGCCUUUAAAGGGCUGCUCAUGGAAUGGGUAAUGGUGAAAGGGUAUGGCGAGACUCUAGAUUUAUGGACAGAGUCUCGACACCAUGUCUUCAGGAAGGUUACAGAGAAUGCUCAUGCAGCUAUGCUUCAUUUUUACUCCCCAACACUGCCAGACUUAGCAGUGCGUUCAUUCAUGACAUGGUUGCAUAGUUAUGUAAACCUGUUUAGUGAGCCAUGUAAGAGAUGCUCAUGCCACCUACACCACACGUCGCUGCUGCCGCCAGCGUGGCGUGACUUCCGUACACUGGAACCGUUUCACGAUGAAUGCAAACAAUAGUCUUUGUGGUAUUGAACGAGAGAGUUGGGAAAAGACUUGUGUUGCGUGAACUCUCGUUCAAUAUAAGAAUGUAAAGUGUAAUGCAGGAACUGUGUAAAACUACCAGCAGGAUUGUGAUCAUAUUGUUCUAGUUCAGGUGAGUUCAUAAAUAUGUGUACACUUUUUCACCUUAUUGCAUCGAGUUAAGGUGACGAAAUGUACACAUAUAUUUAUGAACUCGACUGUUCAUAACAUCUUCAAAAGAGUCCGACAAACUAGCCAACAAAAUGCAUUCUAUUUCCUUUCAUUCUAUGGCAGAAGCUAAAUUUGUGUGACUCUCAUCGGUGCAUAAACUAUUUAAAAAAUAAAUAUGUCAACAAACUUUGUCUUUAUCUCAUCUAUGUAUUUCCCAUAAAGGAAACAAUCUUAUUUGUAUUUUUGUAAUGUUUCCUGUUAAACCUUAUACAAAUUUUAUUGCUUAUGAUCAUUUGAUAUUGGCAUAUCUUUAGUAGUGAUAAAUCAGAAUAAGGUGAUUCUGGCCAAAUCCAUCGUCAGUCAGAUAGAGCCCACCCACUAAUGACAGUAACACAUUCACUGCCAGACAAAAAUGUGUGACCACCCAUCUAGCUGGUUAUCGGGGAUCUGAGCAAUGUUCACGAGAACCCACCAGGCUGGUCCUUGGCAGUGGACACGUUAAACACAAUUGCUACCUUGUCAAUUGUGUAUCGCUUUUUAUCUGUAGUAAUUUUUAAACUUUUCAUUUAUAACAUGGUACCAGUCACACAGAGCUGCAAAAUUGCAUACUUAUUUUUCGAAUGAAUUUAAUUAAAAACUGUUUAAUUUUGCAGCUUAUGUAUGUAUGCAUGUAAUAAAAUAGGAUAUUAAUGAAUUA